GGAAAUCGACUGCCUCAUCCAACACCUCCGCCCGCAAGUUCUUUGAGCUGUGCCAGUUGGGAUCCGACCAGGACUGGCUGUGCAAGCAUCUCAUGGCCGUGUGUCUGGUCAACGGUUUUGGGGCCUCAGAGGAUCGACAGAAGGCAGCAACCAUCUUUGAACAGCUCGCCAGCGAUGGCCACAGCGACAGCCAAUACUGGAUCGGAGAGUGCUAUUGCUUUGGCGGGGGAGUUUCGAUGGACAAAACGAAGGCGCUUCAGUGGCUUAGCGAAUCAGCCGGCCAAGGCAAUUCAUACGGGCAGUACGUCGUUGGUGUAUGCCACUAUUGGGGAUGGGGAGUUGCCAAGGAUAUGAAGAAGGCGUCCGAGUGGUUUCGCAAGUCGGCCGAGCAGGGAAAUCGGUCAGGACAGUGCUGGCUCGCCGCCUGCUACAAGAACGGCUACGGUGUUCCCAAAGACGUUGACGCCGCCAUAUUCUGGUACCGCAAGUCCGCCGAUCAGGGCCACGCAAAUGCCAUCCGUAACCUCGAGGUGCUUGACUACUAAUCCUGAUCUGGAUGUCCCGUCCAAGCGUCGCUUCUCAACAACCAGUAUGCAACAAUAAGCAUGCAGGCAGACAUAGCGAUGAAGCAAAUCACACGACGAGCAUCCAAGAUGGGCAAUGCCAUGUUCGAUAUCCAAUGUGUCCAAUGGAUUCAAUAUACAAAGCACCGUUGCGGCGGUACUCGGGUACUGACGAUAUCGCAUCGAAUCACCCUGUGGGGCUGUCAAGUGAGAGUGGCAUGAUCCUGCUCCUCCCCGUGUCGUAUCUGUAUUUCUGUUGAUAUACCAAGUCCCCGAGCUUCGAGAUCACGUAGUUGCAGCGAAUGGCGGCCGAACACUACGGCCCCAUCCUCCCGU